CUAUAAAAUAGCCCUCCACCUGAAAAAGAUCACAUUUCAUAGAAAUGAAACGAGAGCCCACCCAUAUGGACUCAGAAGGCACCUCCCAUGGAAAUCCAAGGCGCCUGGAGAAUUUUCCACAAUAAUCCCCAUUCAAUCUUUGCAUAGAAAGGCAAAGGCAAUGUGGUUGUCUACGCUGAAGAACCUGAGAUGGGCGGUCAUAGUAUUGGGACUUUCCAACGCGGGGGUGGUCCUUCUGGGUGGGUUUCUCGUCAUUCUCGAUUACCGGUCCUGUGACUGGCGACACGUGUUUCCCUUCGCGGCCGUUUCGUUGACCGCUGGGAUCAGAAUUGUGGCAAUGGUGCCGAGCGGGAUCGCCCAAGAAGCCACCGCCAAGACCAUUCUCGAGUCUCCCGCAGAGAGCUCCCCUGCCGUCCUCGACGCCGUCAUUCGCCACGAGAGACGGAUGAGGUAUAAAAAAUGGCUUUGGUGGACCCGGUUUGCGAUGGUAAUUACAGUGCUGCAAUUUGUUGGUGCAACUUAUCUUGUGUUCCAUAUGACUAAACAUAUAUCUCAUGAUGGAACAUCGAAUGACUGUGUUUUAGGUAUUGUUUCAAACCGUAGCUGGUGGAAGCAAAUAUUACUGGUUUUAUUUAUGACCAUGGUGUGCUUUGUCACACUAGUUCAGUGUUUUACGGGAUCUGAUAUUCUUAAAUGGAGAUCUUACUAUGCAACCCAAGAUAAUGCUUGGAAAGCUCACUACAGGGAAGUAUUUGAUAAUGGCAUGCGUGAGGCUUUGUGCUGUCUGGGGCGUGUCAAAUACUUGAGUGUGUUAGAGGAAGAUGAAGUUUAUUCUGUAGCAAGACUAUUGGGUGAUCUUGUUGCUUACCGUGCUUCAGGAACUGGGCAUCUGGAAAUCUUGGCAGGUUUAGCCUUAUUGCGGAGACAUAGUCAAUCCUCUAAAUCAUUUGAAGAUUCCAUGGAGGCACCUGAAGAACAGAUUCAGGAGGCUGCAGCUCUUCAUAAAUUUGCCGAAGCUGCCUACACAGGUCCGUUACUCGAUUUUGGAAGAAAUCCUUUCUUAUUUCCUUGUGCAUGGCUUUAUAGGCAAGGGGUUUUGACUCCCUGGAUGCGUAACAGGCGGCCCAUACUUGGUGGUGAUAAUUGGUGGCGAGGCCAUGCGGCAGCCUUUUUAAAAUAUGUUAAUUUAACCCCAGAAGUACUUAGACAAGGGCGUGUUAACCAGGCAAAAUGUGAGGCUGCAUACUUCAUUGUGGUUCUGCAUCAGUUAAGAUUGGUAGUGAUUGCUGUAAGAGGAACUGAGACCCCUGAAGAUCUCAUCACCGAUGGUUUAUGUAAGGAAUGCAUCCUUUCUUCAGAAGACUUGGAUGGAUUGAUGAACAGUUCUGUUCACCCAGAUGUGAAGCAUAGUGUAGACUCAUCUCUCCCACACUAUGGGCACUCAGGUAUACUAGAGGCUGCACGAGAGCUCUUCAUACAAAUUGAUGGGAAUCCUGGUGCCACUGAUGCAGAGUCUAAAUCAAGUGGUUUUCUUUCCUCAUUGCUCGGAGCUGGAUGUGAGUGUGAUGGUUACAAUGUUCGCAUAGUGGGGCAUUCCCUUGGAGGUGCAAUUGCUGCAUUGCUAGGAAUCAAACUUUAUCGCCAGUACAAAAAUUUACGCGUCUACGCAUACGGGCCCCUUCCAUGUGUGGAUUCAGUUGUAGCAAAUGCUUGUUCAGAAUUUGUUACAAGCAUUGUACACAACAGUGAGUUUUCAGCUUGCCUUUCAGUUGGAUCAAUCCUGCGUCUUCGUGCAGCUGCAAUUACAGCACUGUCACAAGAUACCAAAACUGAUACAGCCAUGAUUUUCCGACUUGCACGUCGGUUUCUAUAUGUGAGCAAGUAUCAAAGAAAUAGGACUGAGGUAGAGGAUGCUUACUCAGGGACCAUCAUGGCCGAAGAUCUCAACUACCACAAUUAUGGAAGUCAGUAUCAGAAUGAUUCUCAAGGGAGCGAGGGACAGGAUCAAGGGUUUUCUCUCUGGAAUGAGGCUGACAAGAAGGAUAUUGUUAUUGAAAUUGAUAAUCAUGAAUUCACCAUUCCUUUUGCAACCAAUAUAAAUACAUUAGAUGACCCCAUUUCUCAGUUUAUGGAAACUGUCCCAAGAUCCGAAAACACAUCAGCUGGGGAUCCACCAGAAAUGUUUCUACCAGGCCUUGUAAUUCAUAUAGUACCACAUCAAAGAAGCUUACAUAUUUCUUUGUGUGAAGGCUGUGCUGUGCAAGAGAAGACACGAAGUUACAAAGCUUACAUAGCAAACAGAGAAAGCUUCAAAGAUAUUAUUGUGUCACCAUCUAUGUUUCUUGACCAUCUCCCUUGGAGAUGUAAUUAUGCAAUGCAAAAAGUAUUGGAAGCUCAAAGUGCUCAAGAUGAUGAGUGGAAUAGGGCCUCACUUCACGACACGCCACGUACAACUAGAGUUGAUACAAUCCUUCGGUGAUACCUUGGCAAAAUGAUUAUUUGAGAAAGAAGU